CGCCCGCCGCGCUUUCGCUGCCUUUCCGCGGCGCUCCGCGGGCUCGCGCUGAGCCCCGCCGCCGCGUUCCUGCCCCCCGCGGGGGGUCCCCCCUUUCCCCCCCCUUUUCUCCCCUUCCCCCCCCCCGUUUUUUCCCCAGGCUCCCUGGAAACCGAGGAAUGCGAUUCUGCCACCAUGAUGGAAGGGUUGAAGAAGCGUACCAGGAAGGCGUUCGGCAUACGCAGGAAGGAGAAGGACACUGACUCCACCGGCUCGCCGGACAGGGACGCAGCCAAGAAGAGCAACGGUGCCCCGAACGGCUUUUACGCCGAGAUCGACUGGGACAGAUACAACUCGCCCGAGCUCGACGAGGAGGGAUACAGCAUCCGGCCCGAGGAGCCGGGAUCCGCCGGCGGGAAGCACUUCUACUCCUCCAGCGAGUCCGAGGAGGAGGAGGAGGCCCGCAGGAAGUUCAACAUCAAGAUCAAGCCGCUGCAGGCCAAGGACGUCCUCAAGAGCGCGGCCACCGUGGACGAGCUGAAGGCCUCCGUGGGCAACAUCGCGCUGUCGCCGUCGCCGGUGAGGAAAAGUCCGAGGCGCAGCCCGGGAGCCAUCAAGAGGAAUCUGUCGAGCGAGGAGAUCGCGCGGCCCCGGCGCGCCACGCCGACGCCAGCGCCCGAGCCCGCCAGGAGGCUGCCGGAGGACGCCGCGGCCCUGGCGCCGCUCUUCGGGCCCCCGCUGGAGUCGGCCUUCGAGGAGCAGAAGCUGGAAGCGCCUCUGGAUCAGCCCGAGGUCUGGGGCUCGGUGCCGCCCGGCGGCUCCCGCGCCGAGUCUCCGAAGCCGCCGCGACCCUUCCCGGCUGGAACGCCGCCGCCGCUCCCGCCCAAGACGGUGCCGGCGACGCCGCCUCGCGCCGGCUCCCCCGGGGCCCCGGGGACAGGAGGCACCCGGGCCGCCGGGGAGCCCCCCGGCGAGCAGCCGCCCUCCAUCAACGACCUGGACAGCGUUUUCGGCCCGGUGCUGCCCGCCGCGUCGGUGGCCGCGAGCGCCGGAGAGCAGUGGGUGCAUUUCUCGGAGCCCGCGGCGCCCGCCCCGCCGCCGCCGCCGCCGCCGGAGCAGCCUCCCGGCCGUGCCGCCGCCGAGCCGCCCGCCGGCCCCAAGGACGCGGGGCCAGGCCCCCGGGCGCCCCCGCCGCCGCCCCCGCCGCCCACCUACCGCGCGGUGGUGUCCUCGCCGGGCCCCAGCGGCAGCAGCGGGGCGGCCAGCCCCAGCGGUGCCUCGUCGCCCGCGCGCCCGGCCACGCCGCUGGCCGCCUGCGGCACGCCGCCGCCGCCGCCGCCGCGGCCCCCGUCGCGGCCCAAGCCGCCGCCCGGCAAGCCCGCCGUCGCCGAGGCGGCCCGGCCCUUCAGCCCGCCCGUCCGCCCGUCCAGCCCGCCGCCGGUCGCGCCGCUGGCCCGCGCCGAAAGCACCUCCUCCAUUUCCUCCACCAACUCCCUGAGCGCGGCCACCACUCCCACCGUCGAGAAUGAGCAGCCUUCCCUCGUUUGGUUUGACAGAGGAAAGUUUUAUUUGACUUUCGAAGGCUCGUCGCGGGGCCCCAGCCCGCUCACCAUGGGGGCGCAGGACACGCUGCCCGUCGCCGCCGCCUUCACCGAGACCGUCAACGCCUACUUCAAGGGCGCCGACCCCAGCAAGUGCAUCGCCAAGAUCACCGGCGAGAUGGUGCUCUCCUUCCCGGCGGGCAUCACCCGGCACUUCGCCAACAACCCGGCGCCGGCCGUCCUCACCUUCCGCGUGCUCAACUACGACCGCCUGGAGCACGUCCUGCCCAACCCCCAGCUCCUCUGCUGCGACGCCGCGCAGCCGGACGCCAGCACGAGGGAGUUCUGGGUCAACAUGCCCAACCUGAUGGCCCACCUAAAGAAGGUAUCGGAGCAGAAACCCCAGGCGACGUAUUACAAUGUGGAUAUGCUCAAGUACCAGGUGUCUGCCCAGGGUAUUCAGUCUACUCCAUUAAACCUUGCAGUGAGCUGGCGCUGUGAACCUGCAAGCACUGACCUCCGCAUUGACUACAAAUACAAUACAGAGGCAAUGACUACGCCCGUAGCUCUCAACAACGUGCAGUUCCUCGUCCCCGUCGACGGAGGGGUCACCAAGCUCCAAGCCGUGCUCCCGCCCGCUGUUUGGAACGCGGAGCAGCAGCGGAUACUGUGGAAGAUCCCCGACAUCUCCCAGAAGUCGGAGAACGGAGGCGUGGGCUCGCUGCUGGCCCGCUUCCAGCUGGCGCAGGGCCCCAGCUCGCCGGCCGCCCUGGCGCUGCAGUUCACCAGCGAGGGCAGCACCCUCUCGGGCUGCGACAUCGAGCUCCUCGGCGCCGGCUACCGCUUCUCCCUCGUCAAGAAGAGGUUCGCGGCGGGGAAGUACUUGGCCGAUAACUAGCGGCGGCUCCCGCCGGCCCCGUGGGAAGCGGCGCGGGAGCGGCGGCGGCGGCUUCGCCGGCGGACGCGGCCUCGCUCCUGCCCUCGGAAAGCACCGUCCCGAGCAGCCCUGCAGUGUUUCCUCCUAGGUGUAACAUUGUUAACGGUUUUAAAAUGUAAUUAUUGUAUUUGUAAAUUGUACUCAUUCCUGUAUUUCGGCAGUUAGGCCCUCGAGUUUUAGCAUUUUACCGCUCAUGAAAUGGAUGUAAUUUAAGCUGUGGUAUAUAAGUAGUCGCACUGUCGAGCGGCGCGGCGCUUGCGGAGGUAGGUCGCGUCCCGCCCGCGCGCGCGCGGGGCCCGAGCGCGCCGGCUUCGCUCCCCCCCCCCCCCCGGGGUUCUGCUCCUCGCUUCGGUUUGGUUUUGCCCCCUGCUCUUCGCAGAGCGCCGGCGCCCGGGGAGCCGCCAGCCCCGUUUCUCGACGUUUCCCCCCCGGAACGGCGGCGCCCCUGCUCGAAAUGCCGGGCCAGGCCCCCGGAGCGGGUUCCGACUCGUCGGUUCAGGCCGCGCGCAAAUCGCCCUAAAAUCCUGCUCCCGAAGGAGCCCGAUGUCGCAGCGCUGGAAAUACGGGUUUUUAGCAUGUAAAUAUUAGCAGAACAGAGAGAUUUUUACGGUAGGUUUCGCCGGGGCGACAAGGUGCUUGCAGCAUCGCCGGGUUUUUCCAUGCAAAGAGAAAAAAAAAAAAAAAAAGAAAGAAAAACCGGCUGCAGUGGGGUGACAAAGCGGUUCGACGCCACCCGGGCGCCCUUUCCCCCCCCCACCCAGCACAGGGGCUUCACCGGCGGCACGAGGCUGCCAAAAUCGGUCUUGGAAGUAGCCAGAACUCUUCUUUUCGCCCUUUUUUUGCCCCCCUCGGGCCACCCCCGGCCCCGGCCAGCCACCUCUCCCGGGCCAUCGCUCUAGAUCAGCUUCGUCCUUUCACGACCCCCCUCCUGCCCUGUGUAUAAAAUGUUUAUAAAUAUUUGCGGGUUAAGAUACACGAGUCUAUUUUUAAGAUUUAAGUUGGCUAAGUUAACGGCUGGCCCUUUUUUUGCCCAAACGCGCGACGAGCCGCGUGGCGCCGGCGGCCCCGGGGCAGAGCCGCCUGCGCGACCGCUGCUGAGCCGAGUGUGUUGUACUGGCUUGUUGAAGAUAAUCAUGAGACAACGUAUUUUAAAUGUUAACUUGCCUUAUAGAUUAGGAGAUGAAUAUGUGGAUAUCAUUUUUGUAAAUACUGUUUUUUAUAAAUGUUUUUUCCUCCAUUCUCCCUCGUCACCCAUGUCAUGAAAUCUUGAAUAUGCAAUUAUUUAAUGUGCAUAACACUGCGAUGAAUAAACCCCCACCUCCAAACAAAGUUUAUUGAUCCUACCCGUAAGGACCAUAUUAAAUACCCCGUUAAGUUGUAAUUUAAAUGUGCUUUUUUUCCUCCCCCACCCUUUAAAUUAAACAAAAACCUGAAAAUA